UAUCGCGUUUGUCAACAGAAAAAGUGCGCAACCCAACAAACGUUUAACCUGAUACUUUACAUGCACCUGUAGUAUUGUAAACAAAAUAAUCGAAAUAAUUAAUAAUAACAUCAUGACUACUCUAGAUGAAGAUGUAAAUAAGUUAAACAUAAAUCAAGAAAGUGAUUUAUCAUCUUCAGAGGCGAACUCUGAUGAAGAAUCCUCAGAAGAAAGUGAUGUAGAAAUAAAUUUCACAGUAGGAAUGUGGGAUUUCAACCAAUGCGACCCAAAAAAAUGCUCUGGACGUAAAUUAGCGCGUCAGAAUUUAGUAAAAUGCUUAAAAAUCAAACAGAAAUUUCCUGGUCUUGUUCUCACACCAACAGGAAAAGGAGUAGUUUGUCCUAAUGACAGAGAAAUAAUCGAAUCAAAAGGUCUAGCUGUAGUUGACUGCUCAUGGGCACGCAUUGACGAAACACCCGUCGGUGCAUUAAAAGCAGCAUACCCCAGACUACUACCAUAUUUAGUAGCUGCCAAUCCAAUAAACUAUGGUAAACCAUGCAAAUUAAGUUGUGUGGAAGCCCUGGCAGCAGCAAUGUAUAUAACAGGCUACAAAAAAAUAGCAGAACAUUAUCUAGACCAAUUCAGCUGGGGCCAUUCUUUCAUAAAACUGAAUGAAGAAGUUCUCGACAUUUACGCGGGUUGCACCGACAGUGCAUCAGUAAUCACCGCACAAACGAAUUAUAUACAAAAAGAACAGGAUUUACAAGCACAAAGACGAGUUGUUGACUAUCCACCUUCAAGUUCAUCUUCGGAAACAGAUGAAGACAAUGAUUAAUCUAAUCUUUUGAGUAAAAAAUUAUCCUCAUGAUUAAAUACAUAAUUAUUCUUAACAUUA